UUACGGAGCAGACCCUUCCACCCCGAGCUUCUUCAGCUACGAUGUCCCUCGCACGAACAUCCAACGCCCUUCGAAGACGGCCAUGUCUCUACGAUAAUCCACUCUCCCUGUCUACCAGCUAUAUCCGAAACAACAGCCGUUUCCCGGACAAUCGCACCCCUCGCACUAUCAGACAAAAAACCGCAUCUCCACAAACAACCAGGCCAUUUCACUGUACAGCCUCCUGCUACGCAGUUCGAUCUCCGGCCGCCCGUCGGGCUCAGGCUCAGACUCAACGGCUCCGGCCAGUCUACUCGAGCGAUGGACUGUUCAACCUCCCCGCGCACGGUGACCUGACAGCGCGGCUCAAGUACCUCGACGAGAAAGGACCGCUGCUAUGGAUGUCCGCGUUGGCCGAGGGGCUCCUCGACGACAAAGUCACAAAGAACACGUUCCUGGAUGUCGCAAAAAGAUUACUGGAAACCGCUCAUAGAGAACUGCCAUCCGCAGACGCCAUCCGGAGGAUAUCCUCAGAUCCAGACCUCAUCUUCCAAAUCGGCUACAUCAUCUCCGGCGGUAACCCAUCCUUCCGAGAAUGGCUCCUCGCCUCCACCACCCACGCAGGCGCCCGCGUCCCCCUCCUCAUGUCCGCUGCCAGGUACCUGAACUCCCUGGGCAACUCCGCCCCAAUCCUCGGCCUCCGGAAACGCUACGCUGAUGCCCUCCGCCUCAUCGAGCAGGUCAUGGCCCUCAUCUACCCGUCCAAGGUACCCGUCGCGAAAGACGGGGGGUUCGGGAUGGCGCGCAUCGAGCCGCCCUGGCGGGUGUACGCGUGGCUGAAGGAGAAAGCGAACGCGAACGCAAACGCAAACACGAAAACGGGCGAGGCUGGAACCCAGACAGAUGACCUCCUACGCUCCGCAGCGCUGGACUACCAAGACCCCGAGUCGCUGGUCCAGUAUGCCACGGCACGGAUGCAAGCGGGCGAUCUGGCCAUGUACGAGGAUUGCAUGAGCCGGGCCGCGACGGCAGGGAACGCCGAGGCGUGCCGCCGACUCGCCAACUUCUACUAUCUCACGUCGCUGGGACGGUACCCGGGGCGAGGGGUGCGCGAGGACACGGCCCCCGUGGAAGCUGCCACAAAGCCAACCUCCAGCGCGUCCUCGCAAACAAGUGAACCGCGAGAUCGGGGGAAAUUCUUUGCUUUGCUGUCAAGUGUAUUCGGGCCGCAGCCUCGUGCGGAGUACCGCAAGCUAGCGACGGAAUGGUACGAGUUGGCUUUCAGCCAUGGGAGUGAGCAGGCGGCGGUGGUUCUUGCGGUGCUGCUGCGGGAAGAUGGCUCCGCGGCUCGGGGGUUGCAAUUGCUGGAGCAGAUUGAGGGAUCGUCUUCCCUUGGGCCCCUCGUUAGGCGGAUCAAGUCGCAGUGGGAUGAGCGGGAUCAGGUGAUUGAUAUUCCCGCUGAGCUGUUGGAUGUUUGA